ACAAUUUAUCUGCAAAUAGAAAUUCCCUCACCACUUAAUAUAAUCCCAUGGUCCCCAAGACUUAUUGAACCAUUCCAAUAACAUCUCUUAACUUCCCAUUUGCAGGUUGUUUAUCUCCUGGACUUGUUGAAAGUAAAUGAUCAGGCUAAAUGUUUAUUGCUCUUUACUUUCAUGUCCAAGUCAAAAAGUCAAGGAUCACCGGAGGAUUUCUCCAUUCAAUGCACGAAAAUGGAAUCCGGGUUCAUCUCAAAGGUUUAUUACUAGCAUGGCUCUAAAAGAUGAGAUGGAUGGAAGAUUCAGCAACUUACCUGGCCAGAGUUGGGAACCUGGCCUGGAAAUUGAGGUCCCUUUUGAGCAAAGGCCGGUGAACGAAUACUCAUCUCUGAAAGAAGGACCGUUGUACUCUUGGGGCGAACUGAGACCGCAAUCCUUUUUCCUACGGCUUGGAGGCCUCUGGUUGGUCACAUUCACUGUUCUUGGAUUGCCGAUAUCAGCUGCAAGCUUUAAUCCUUCACAUGAUCCUUUACGAUUUUUACUAGCUGCAGGAACAGGAACACUUUUUCUUGUCUCAUUAGUUGUUCUCAGGAUUUAUCUGGGAUGGAGUUAUGUCGGUGACAGACUGUUAUCAGCAGUGAUACCCUAUGAAGAGAGUGGUUGGUAUGAUGGACAAAUGUGGGUAAAGCCUCCAGAGAUUCUGGCCCGUGAUAGACUAUUGGGGUCAUACAAGGUCAAACCAGUUAUCAAAUUGCUGAAACAAACGCUAGUUGGAACAGGUGCGUUACUUGUUACAGCGGUUUCAUUGAUCAUUUUUGCCACACCAGUAGAAGACUUCAUCCAAAACACUUUUGCAAUGAAAGGGAAUGUUGUGGCUACAAAGUCCGGUGUGAAUAUGAGCAAAGAGGAGCUCCUAAGCUUACCACUGGGUGUGAAGGCUGAUGACGAUUUAGCAGCAGCUGCUGCUGAGGCUGCUGAUGGAAGGCCAGUCUACUGCAGGGACAGGUACUAUCGUGCUCUGGCAGGAGGGCAAUACUGUAAGUGGGAGGACCUGCUAAAGUAAUCAGGAAACGCACAGAAGCAAAUAUUCAUAUUAUACACCUAUGUUCAAUUGUGUGAAAAAUCAUAUUCAGAUGUAUUUUGCGAUUUUGAGAUGGUAGUCGGAGAGAGCUGAAGAAAAGACAGCAAAGACAUAGAACUUGAAGAAAUGAAGAAAGGUUACAUUGAUGGGCAGACUAAUAUUAGCAUGCAACUAGAAUGCUGUGUCAUUUGUAUAGACGUAUAUAUAGUAUUAAAAGUAUAAACAGGAAUCGCCAUCUUUCAAGUAUUUCUUGCUUACAUUACGAGAUACUUGGAUCGCAUGAUUUUAC